AUGUCCGGUUUACUGGAAGAAGUCAGUACGCCAUGUCCGUCAAGGUUGAACACUUCGAGACUCGAGCGAAGUCGAAACGGGAGCGACUCGUUUAAUAGCCUGUGGGAGGAUAGCCUGUCCAGCUACGAAGACACUGUUAAUGUCGACUUCACGACCGAAAUCAAAGCCCCGGUCCUGACCGGCGCCAAGCCCAAACGAAAGACCAAGGCCACAACGGCAUUUGCAAUUCACGACGAAAGCGAGAACAAGCCUGCACCGGCUACUGGUAGAUUGAGAAAGGAGAAAACUUCCACUUCUUCUUCGAAUCGGAAGUCGUCGCUGCUUGCUCAGCCCGCCCAACGUUUCCGUCCGAAGGUUAGCUUUGCACCAAGUCCGAGUUCGACAUCGAAGAGCGUGAGGCAGCAGGACAGCCUGGAAAGAAGAAGACAGAGUGAGAGAGUGGAGCCAGAGAAGAACAAGGACCUUUUGAUGCAGAUCAAUGGAAAGGUCCAGGAGUCCCAAAACAAAGACGUGUUAAAGAAGGAUGUCAGACGCAACACUGUUUAUAUUCCCCCGGAUGAUACCACUGUUGCGAGUGUAUUCAUGGGAAUCUUCAGUCCGCUCAAGUCGGACCCGAGUAGCUACCAGGUGGACGAGACCACGCAGGUCAACACUUUGGAGUCCCGGAUCAUGAAGAAACGGCAAGCGAAGCGCUCCCUGGCAGCAUCCGCACACCGAGUUCCGUUACAGCCGAGCUCAAAAGUUGCCCAAGAACAUUCUAUCCACAUUGACGUUGCUGGGAAGAAUGGCGGGAAAGAAAACAUCCCCCCAGGGACGGGCCUCGCAGAAAACAAGGAUAGUAAAGUAUGGCCAGCGAAGCCUGACGACACGAAGUCGAGUUGCAAACGAACAGUGCCGCCUUCACGUGCAAGUAUCUCCAAGCCUUUGGCUGCAAAGACCACCAAUGGAUCUCUGCAAAGGGCAAUGAACGAAUGUCGAAGCAACGUCAAGACACGCUCACUGCAUACUGAGCGAGAAAAGGAACGGAUGUCGAGAAAAGACACGCGCCCAGUGCUCAAAGCGGCACCGUCUUUGGGAGCCUCCACCAUCUCCAGGUCUUUGAAGCAAUCCAGAUCAGACGCGGCUCUUUCCAGGUCUACUGUGUCACGGAGCAGCACGAAACUGCUGGAUGAAUAUCCGUUGAUCUCCGAAAACAUCACAGAUUCCUCAAUGUACGAAGAUAACUGGCUUUCCCAUCAAGAGUUCGUCAUCACCCACUUGAUCAAUGAUCUAUUCCGUCGCGCCGAAGAGAGAAAUUCGUCCAGUGACUCUGCAAUAUUGAGGCACGAGCUUCUCUCGAUCUAUCAAGACGCGUCCUUUACACAUCUUUAUAAGCGAGUCAAAGCGUCACUGUUAUACGGCGCCAUGAGCAUCCCCAGGGAUGUCCUUUCCCGCAAUAUGCGUCUGAAGCAAGACGUGGGCAUGAAGCGAAAAUUCUUGGAUUUCUGGUUGCAGACCUACGACAUGCGAGCGCUUAGAGCCGCUGUGGAGACAAUCACUGGGCGACAAAUCCCUGAUUUCAAGAUUAACCAGGACGAUAUCCAUGGCUUUUCUGCCGAUCCGAGCAAUGAUAAUAUGUUGAAACGAAAGUUGGAGCAUUUCCUGGACACAUUCCUGCUACAGAAUCAGGAUAUGGAUCUAGCAGAGGACUUCCACGAGGGGGGUUCUGAUGCAGCAGGCCGUGCCUACCUUCGGACGGUCCUCCGCAGUCUUAUGAUUGUUAUUCUUCUGGAUCAAGGACGAAUGGGUGCGGAUGGCGAUAUCCCGCGCCUGUUCCUACCAUCGAGCCAGUUCAAGUCGUCAGCAGCAGCUCUCAAAGGCCUCGCCCGGUUCCUUCUACCAUCGUGUGGGGACAUCAUCAAGGCUCUUGGACAUUUGGGCUGCCAGCUAUCUUAUGAGCAGCAGCCGCUACAAGAGUACAGUUUCGCUGUGGACAACCUCGCGGUCGACAUGAGGGACGGUGUGAGACUGACCCGCCUUGUGGAACUGCUCCUUCACAGCCCGUCUGCGGAUCUAGACAGUCAGCUACCCCUCUCCAAGCGGUUGAAGUUCCCGUGUUUGAGCCGAGCAGUGAAGCUUUUCAACAUCCAAAUUGCUCUGGAAGCAUUGUGCUCUACUCCUUACAGAAACCUGGCUGAUCACCUGCGCGCCGAAGACGUUGUCGAUGGACAUCGCGAAAAGACCAUUGCCCUUCUUUGGGGUCUGGUUAGCAAAUGGGACCUGUCCGGGCUAGUAGACUUGGACGAGGUGCGCAACGAAGUCGACCGACUGAAGCAGAAAGCAGUGAGUCAACUUGGAUAUGAACAAGUCAAGGACGAAGAGUGGUUCCAGGCCCAGGACUACGGCACCGAAGACGAUGCUGCCACAUUGCUGAAGCAGUGGGCAACGAUCCUCGCGCAGCUCAGAGGCUUGCGUGCCGAGAACCUCACUACGAGUUUCGCGGAUGGCAAGAUCUACGAAAGUAUCGUGGACGAAUAUGAGAGCUACAUCGCCGGACAAAAUCAAAAUAACUCAUCCUGCAAAGGCAGCACUGCCUCGUCGCUACAGACCCGCUUGAGAGCUUUGGGCUGCAGUGCACCAUUCGCAAACCUCAUCGCCUCGUCUGGUUCCAAAUCACAUAUCCCUGACAGUGACUUCACAGUUGGAGCCCUCGCCUUCCUUUGUUCGCGGCUACUCUCGGCCACGAAGCGAGCGCGCGCAGCAACCGUGCUACAGAGGAGAUGGCGACGCAUCUUGACCCGCCGGGAUCUUCAACGGCGAGCCCUCGCACGGGACGUUGCGAGACAAUGCGCCGCAGUCGUGCGAGCCAAAGAUCGGAUCCUCUGGGCUAAGGGCGUCAUCUUGCGCUGGUGGCGAGUCAUGAAGGCCCGACGACAGCGUCGCAGGGUUAAAACGGGUGGUCGCACUGGACAGACCGCUGCAAAGAAGUUGGUCCCUCUAAGCAGCCAACGGCAUCGUUAUUGA